GUCCGUUUCACACUAAAAAUUUUGGUUUGAUAAUUUAUAUUUAGCAGCAGAGAGAGAGAGAGAGAGAUAUGGUGCGAAAGAGCAAAUCCCUCCGACAAUAGCUGCGGUGUCGUGACAAUCAAACACUCGUCGGCGACGCGACGCGGCACUAUCUCCCUCUGUUUUCCUUGAAACGUGGCGUUUCCGACACUUUCGUCUGCGACUCUUUCAUCAUCACCUUCCCUACCCACCCCACACCCCACAAGGAACCCCCCAAGGCCCAAUCCUCAAUCAAACUAUACUCCUACCUAUCUCUACAGUAACGCAACAACAGAUAUUCUCAUUUCUCACCUCCACCGCUUUCUCUCUUAUUUUUUCUCUCUCUGUAUCUAUACGUACAGGGAGCUGUCUCUAUAAGGUGGGGCACCGGCUUGCACUUUACGCUAAAACGAACAUCCACGCGGCUCUCCGGCCCCGGUGAAUCGGAGCCGCGGAGCAUCGUUUUCGUCUCGAUUUAUCUGCUCCGUUCAUUCGAUUCGGGUCGAGUAUGUAUAAAUUAAAUGGGAUUGAGGCUCCUCAGCGGUGCAGGGGAAGAUGAAGCUGGUAAUGACAUCCUCUGAAUAUCAGUUGUACCUAUGAAGGACAUGAAAUCAUGGAAGUCCCUUAUGAAGAAAAGAGGUGACUCAUUUGAAGGGGGGACAUGUGGACUGAGGAUGAAGCAGUUGCCAUUUAUGGGAAUUGUUUGUACAGUAAUGUUGUUUAUUGUAUAUAGGACUACUAAUUAUCAGCAUCAACAGACACAGAUGGAAUCAAAAUUUGACCCUUUCUACAAUUCAAAGGAUUCUAGUGUGGCUGGCACAGGGUUACGUAGUUUGCCUCAUGGUAUCAUACAAGCUAUAUCUGAUCUUGAGUUAAAGCCUCUCUGGUCAACAAGUAGCUCAAAGUCCAAGGCUAAUAUUCCAGGCUCUCAUAACCUGUUGGCAAUGCCAGUUGGCAUUAAACAGAAAGAUAAUGUCAAUGCAAUUGCUCAAAAGUUUCUUCCAGAGAAUUUCACAAUUAUUUUGUUCCAUUAUGAUGGAAAUUUGGAUGGGUGGUGGGACCUUGAGUGGAGUAAGGAGGCCAUUCAUAUAGUUGCCCAUAAUCAAACAAAAUGGUGGUUUGCAAAGCGUUUUCUACAUCCGGCUGUUGUAUCUGCUUAUGACUACAUAUUCUUAUGGGAUGAAGAUUUGGGUGUAGCGAACUUUCAUCCUGGAAGAUAUCUUGAAAUUGUGAAGUCAGAAGGACUGGAGAUAUCUCAGCCAGCUCUGGACCGGAAUUCAACUGGCAUACACCACCGAAUUACAAUAAGAAGCAAAACACAAAAAUUUCAUAGAAGGGUAUACGAGGGUCGAGGUAGUACAAGAUGUACUGAAAGUAAUGACGGUCCACCCUGCACUGGAUUUGUGGAAGGAAUGGCUCCAGUCUUCUCAAGAUCUGCAUGGCAUUGUGCUUGGCAUCUUAUACAGAAUGAUCUUGUUCAUGGAUGGGGAUUGGACAUUAAGCUUGGGUAUUGUGCGCAGGGGGACCGGACGAAAAAAGUUGGUGUGGUUGACAGUGAGUAUAUAGUCCACCAGAGCAUCCAAACUUUGGGUGGGAAAUCACUGAAAAGGGUAAUUGUUCUAUAUAUUGUCCUUACAAGCUCUAGCGUUGUUUCAAAUCCUCGGGAUUUAAAAAAGCAUGUGGUCGAUGUUAGAUCCGAGAUACGGCGACAGUCCACGCAAGAGCUGCUAAAAUUCAAGGAGCGCUGGGAACGAGCGGUGAGUGAGGACAAGGACUGGGUAGAUCCAUAUAAAGAUAGCGACAGAAUGAGCCGAAAACGCAGGAGCAAGAGAAGGCGGAACAAUAGGCGAAAUUUAAAGGCGUAAAUGUAGUUAAUCAGCAGCCGGCAGUUGGUGAUGAAAUCUUCCUCCUCUUCAUCCCAUGCCAGUUGCUUCUAAAUCCAUACUUGUAAUGUGUAGUCUGUGUAUGUGAAUUACACCACACCAUUAGUUCAUUAUUUGGACUCUUCUUUCUUUACCUUUAUUGAUAUAAUCUUUUUGGCCCUGAGUCUUUGUAGUAUAAUAACCAUUCACAUUUUUUUC